GAAGCUUCUUCAAAGCUUACUAUUGUUCUACCGACUUGACCGGACCCUUGGCUGGGCCACCAGAGCAGGAAACAUAUAAAUAUUGGAUUAUGCGUUGCUCGCAUACCAAAUAUUAAGCAUUUCGUACUUCAUUUUGUUGCAUUGCCAUCCUCAAUAUUCUCGCCGAUCAUGUCUGACGCCAUCACAUUGCGCAAGUUACCGCGAGGCGAGCUUCAGAAACUGGCUAGGUCUAAUGGUAUCAAACCCAAUCUCAAAAACGAAGCUAUCGUACAACGUCUCGUAGAGCGUGGACUCGGAAAUGGGAGUGGGAGCGGAAGUGGGAGUGGGAGUGGGAGUGCCACCGAAGUCGGGCAGGAUGACCAAACCAAGAAAGACAUUGAAGAGAAAGAUACACCAGACGACGCCAAAAACAAUCAAGAUAGUCGGGAUGUAUGCGCGCCACCUCCGUCAUCGCUAAAGGCAGAUUUACCACAGACUUCUAUGUGCAAGAAGAAUGACAAGUGUAAAUCAACUCCGAAGAAAGAGAAAGCGAAUAAAAAACUCAAUGGAGUGGACCAUGUCAAUGCCAAAGAGGCGAGCUCUGAGAUAUCUCAAAUUUCUCAGUCUACAUAUGCAAGCCGCAUGUCAUCAGUCGAGGACGUCCCCAUUCUUUCAGAGAUUCGUGCCGUCGAGCGCGCUGUGGAUAUAAUGGCGAAUAUAUCUGAGGCUGACCAGGAGUGCCUCGCUGAAAUAGCUGUCCUCAAGGCUACUGCAGCGCGUUUGCGCAAGCAAGCCGAAGAUUUACGAGCUGUUUUGCAGUCGACAAAGGGAAGAAGGGAUGAGAUGCAGAGUUUCUUUCUCUACUGGCAGAAAAUAGAUCCAAAAUGGUCCAUGUUUGAAAUCUACCCAGAGGGUGCGGAAUGGGCUCCUACCUUACCACCGGCAGGCACUGGAAAGUCAGGCGAGGGACCGAAGAUACCAGUUUCGCGCCCUACAUUGACGCUACCAGCAACGCCACGGCCACUACUCCCAGAACAACAGGCUCUCAGAGCAGCACAACUUAAACUCGCAUUCCAACUUCAUCAAGCACUGUAUCCGCCUAGUAAAUAGAACUCAUGUACCUUUAUAACGAUUAGCCCUGUCAAGUACCACUAGCAUGGAAGAUUUUAAUGGACAGAAGUAAAUAGCCUU